AUGGACGAGACAACGAACAUCUCCGAAGCCGAGCUAACUCGUCUGCUGCCUACGUGCCAACGUUGUCGCAGACUUCGACGCAAGUGCGACACCCAGCUGCCGGCGUGCCGGCUGUGUCAGAAGGGCAAAGCUGAGUGCACUUUCUUCGAUCAUGCCUUGCAGCAGAAUCUGCCUCGAAGCUAUGUCCACGAGCUUCUGAUUAGACUGAGUCGUUUACGAGCUGCUCAGUCUGCAAGCAACGGCGGCGAACCAGUCCAGAGUACUUUUAAGUAUCCUCCAAUACAACACAGCCGCAAUCUUUCCGCGGUCUCAAGCCUGACAGAGCCUCCAAUCUCGGCACCUGGCAAUGGCAAUGGCAAUGGCUGGGGUACAGAUACCAGUGACAUAUCCUUUGAUAAGCACUUCAUUCUACGCAAUGCCAAUCCGACUUGUUGGCAAUUCUUUGGGAGCAGCUCUGCCUACUCCUUAGCGAUCGAGGUCAUUGUCCAUGCUCAGGCUCGUUUGGGACAGAUAACAUUUCCUGGCAUCUAUUCACACGGCAAAUACUGGCUUGACACCCAUCGGCUCACUGAUAAUCUGGCCACGUCUCGAGGCAGACCAGCUCCUGACCAGGCUGAAAUUGACAGCCUCUUCCGGCUCUAUUCGGUAACUACGAACUCGAUGAUGAAUGUGCUCGAUCUAGACGAAGUUUAUGCCGACAUUCCGAUCUAUCUGCGCUACACGGGAUCGAACAAUCGAUACCUGUCGGGAUCUGAAGCAUAUCAGUUCUUCAGGAUCAGCAUGGUCUGCGCAAUCGCAGCUGCCAACAAGGGUAGACAUCAUCCUGAGUACAUACAAGAAUCUCUUGCGUACUAUUCCGAAGCGCUGGAAUGCGUGGAGGAGGUCACAUCCGAUGUGACUGUCGAAUCGCUUCAAGCUCUGAUGUUGCUUAUUUUCUUUGCAUUGUUCCACCCACGGAAAGGCGACAUCUGGAAGUUGCUCGAUUUCGCCUGCCGUUUGAGCGUCGAACUUAACUACCACUCCGAGCCCAACGACGAGUUCGAAAGCGAAAAAGCGAGGCGAAAGCGACGGGGCAUCUUCUGGGCAUUGUAUACCGUUGAGCGCACCAUUGGCCAGCAUUUCGGCCGGCCAGCAGACUUGACGGAAGAGAUCAUCACAGCCGAAUAUCCCGUCACAAUCCAUGAUGCCGCUGCCGCAAGUGCCGAUCCUGAAGCUCUGCAGUUCAUCCUCUCCUCGCACUACUAUCGGCUCACCUAUAUGCGUUCGGAGAUCUUCCGGGAACUUUAUCUUCCUGUCACAGCCCCCGAACUGCCGCGUGAGUGGUAUGAGCUACGCCUGUCCAACAUCUUAUCUUGGCGUCGCGAGCUCGAAUAUCUUGAUCAGAUUACCGGCGUGGGAGCAAUGACCUGCGAGAUGGGGUUCGAUAGCUCAAUCUGCUUUCUCUUUCAGCCGCUUGUGCUAAGAGCUCUAGCUACAACGAAAGAGGCCGUGAUUCCCGCAGAAUGUCUGGAUGUCAUCCCACGGGAAAGCUAUCACUCAGCCUGCCGCGUUAUCGACUUCUAUGACAAGCUGUUUCGUGGCUCCGAAGACAGCCCAGAGGGGCAAUACCCCAUCAGCAUUCUUUCGGCCCACUACAUACACCAGGCUGCAUUGACCAUCAUGGCGCAUUGCUUACUCGCCAUUGACGGCCGGCUGCCUGUGGUCAACUUCUCUUCCCACAUGAGCGGGGAUGCUCAGGGACCAGUCGACUUCCAUGGCGUUGUCGAUAUUGCGCAGAUGUCUCUCGAGUUGUUGGACCGCUUGGGAAAGAUGUUUGCUGGCAUGAUCGGCCUGUUCGACGUUUGCAAAACCCUGCACGACAAGGUACUACCAGCAAUGGAGCGCAGUGGGUUCAUCAAUAGAGAUCCUCUGCCAGGACCUAGUGUUUAUCCAUGA